AUGCCUGUCUCAGCGCUCACCGAGAACCUCAAGAACAGCAAUGGCACCAACAAUACCAGCAGCCCUAAUGUCGACUUCUCAGAGCCACAACCUGAAUCUCUGACUCGAACAGUUUCGCGAAGCGUCACCAAGAGCAACCUUUCUUUCUCAUUUGGUACCUCGCCUGAGCAUGCGCGCAAUAGCAGACCCUCAUUCCAUGGCUCGGAUUCCUCUCCCUUUCUCACUCGCACCAUGACUGGAGCGCCAGCCAAGAAACUCCAACCCUUUCGAGAAUCCGAUAUCAAGAUCCUGCUCCUCGAGAAUGUGAACAAGACGGGUCAGGACAGCUUAAGAGAGCAGGGCUACCAAGUCGAGGCGAUCAAGAGCUCGUUACCUGAAGAUCAAUUGAUUGAGAAGAUCCGUGACGUUCAUGUCCUAGGCAUACGGAGUAAGACUAAGCUGAACGCGAGAGUACUCGCAGCAGCCAAGAACUUAAUUGUAGUCGGGUGCUUCUGCAUUGGCACAAAUCAGGUCGAUCUCAAGUAUGCUGCGGACCACGGAAUCUGUGUCUUCAACUCUCCUUUCUCGAAUUCACGGUCUGUUGCGGAACUGGUCAUCGGAGAGAUCAUAAGUCUGGCACGGCAGCUAGGCGACAGGAGCAACGAGAUGCACCGUGGAACAUGGAACAAGGUCUCUUCGAGGUGCUGGGAAGUAAGAGGCAAGACAUUGGGUAUAGUUGGGUAUGGUCACAUUGGUUCUCAGCUUUCCGUACUAGCGGAAGCUAUGGGAAUGAAGGUCAUCUACUACGACGUAACGAACCUAAUGUCUAUGGGCACAGCUCACCAAGUCAGUUCGUUGAACGAGUUGCUCAAGGGCGCCGAUUUUGUUACUUUGCAUGUUCCUGAGCUGCCUGAGACGAAGAACAUGAUCAGUACCGCGCAAUUUGAACAGAUGAAACAGGGAAGCUACUUGAUAAAUGCCUCAAGAGGAAGCGUCGUCGACAUUCCAGCUUUGAUAGAUGCUUCGCGCUCGGGUAAGGUCGCUGGUGCCGCGCUCGAUGUGUACCCAGCCGAACCUGCUGGCAACGGAGACUACUUCACCAACGACCUCAACUCUUGGGCUGAAGAUCUGCGAAGCCUGAAAAACAUUAUCCUCACACCACAUAUCGGAGGAUCGACUGAAGAAGCACAGUCCGCCAUCGGCAUCGAGGUCGCCGAAUCACUGGUCCGCUACGUCAAUGAAGGCGUCACAGUUGGUGCAGUGAACAUGCCAGAAGUGACGCUGCGAAGUCUGACUAUCAAUGACUCAGAUCAUGCAAGAGUUAUCUUCAUCCACCAGAAUGUGCCCGGUGUGCUAGGACGUGUGAACAAAGUCUUGUCUGAUCACAACGUCGACAAGCAAAUGUCCGACUCGAGGGGAGAUAUGGCCUAUAUGAUGGCUGACGUUAGUAACGUCAGGCAGGCCGAGAUUGAGACCUUGUACAAAGAUCUGGAAGGUCUCAAAGAGAGGAUUAAUGGCCAGCUUGUGCUCGGUGAUCAACAGGUGGACAGAGAAGGAGAGUCUGCAUCCUCAACACAUAUCAAGAGAAGUUACAAUGGUCUGGAAGUGAUCUUUGGGAGCGGAGCCGAGGUCAAGACUGUCACCCUGAUCCAGGACUUUUCUUCAGUCAGCAUAAGCGGUCUUGAGGCCAAUACUACAAAAGCAGCCGUUCAGGAUCUGCUUGAAAAGUACGGUCAGAAUGUUCAGGAUGCCGUCAUCAAGAUUACGCCCACUAAUGGAGGAGUUGUGGCUCGCAUCACUGUUCGAGACCCAGCAUUCUCGUCAAAUAUUCUGCAGAAAUUUGGUAAUGAUCUAGACCUGAUUCCGAGCAACCAUGAGAUCCGCAUUCAAAAGGUGCAGCCAGAACUUAAGUCCGGUACAUCAGCUCAGAGGGUGAAUUGUCGCUCGGUAUCGUGUUCCUGGCAUAAGCCAACACGUACAGUAAGCUUGGACUUUGGUGGAACGGAACAGCAGCUGGCCAGACAUGUAAUGAACAAGUUCAACAACGGCUUCUACGAGUUCUCGGGUCAGCGAGUCAAGACUGUGGCCAACCUUACGGGCCGGACUGGCUUUGUAAGACCAUUUACCAGGCCCCCACUCUGGCGUGUCGUGCUCUCAAACGUUCCAGGUGAAGUACUGGAGGCAGAUAUUAGACGCAUGUUAGGUGACAAGGAAAAACCUGAAUCAUGUCGCCUAGGAGAGCCAAGCUACACUUUGAGUCCUCACGCUGCAGCCGAGAAGAUACGCAAGAGACUCCUCGAGUGGGGACCAUUGGAAGAGUUUCAAAUGAAGCAUGACCCAUCCAGCAAGAGAUACAAGGCAACAGCAACGUUCACUGAAGACAGCGACGCCACGACGGCGUGCGCUGCUCUCAAUGAUCAACCCUUGCCCUUCGGCAAUGGCAAAUUGAGCAUUGAGCUGAAUGUUACAGCCAAGUUGAAGGUUUUAACUAAAGUGUAUGAUGCGGUGAAGAUAGAGAUAGGGAGCCUCUACGACGAAUGCACCAACAACAGCAAUGUUCGCUUCAAAUUCUAUCGACCCACACAGCCCACACAACGUCUAACAACGAUCAAGGUCUCUGGCGCGGAUGCAUCUGAUGUGGCUACGGUCAAGAACAAGCUGGACACUAUAUUAAGUGGUCGUCUUGUGCGCGACAACGAAGGCUGUAACGUUUGGCAUACUGCCCUGAUAGGCGAGACUGGUUCACAGCUAAUCAGCGAAUUGGAGACACGGUUUAAAGUUGUUAUUCUGCGCGAGAUAACUACCUCGACUGUGAGGCUUUAUGGGACAAUGGACGACUGUGAGGCUUGCUCACAUGCUCUUCGGAAAUUAGCUGCGGUUAGCGAAGACGAUUUACACGAAAUACCUCUAGAUUCUGAUGCAUUCUCAAAUAUCAUGAAAGGCUCAUAUAGCAUGCUGCGAGCAAGACUAGGCAUGCAAAAUGUCUCUCUGAAGGUGAGCUCUGCUUCGAAGAAGAUCGUGAUCAAAGGCAGCGAGCGUGAGGUGAAACUCGCUCACCAAAUAUUACGGCAAGCCCCUGAUGCACAGCCUCGACAUCAGGACGAUGAUUGCUCUAUCUGCUGGACGACUGCUGAAAAGCCAGUCGUCACUCAUUGCAGUCAUGUCUAUUGUGCGGAUUGCUUCGAACUAAUGUGUUCUGCCGCAGCUUCAGGGCCGGAAGACUGCGACCGGAUGUCUUUCGGGCGUGCCCCACGACAGAUUGUUCACAGGUCUAUCGAGUCCGUGACAAUCAAAUCAACGAAGAUUGUGGUCCUAAGACUCUGUUACGUCCUCGAUGUCUACACCACAUUUGCCUUUCUUGCCGUGCCUGCCAUGGCCGUAUAA